CAAAACCAGCCUCAGUCCCCUCUCUCUGUCUAGGGGUUGAGCUGGGCAAGGGGCGUGCCGAGGAUGGAGGACAAGCCCUACAGCAGCCUCAAGCCCUCUCUGGACAGGCUCACCCUGGGGGUCAUCCGGAUAUUAGAAACUUCUCCAGGAGUCGAUGAGGUGACAUUUGUGGAAAAGGAGCCAGCUGAACGUCACUCUAUUGUUUCCUGGGAGCAGAAAAACUCCUGUGUAUUGCCAGAGGAUUUAAAGAAUUUCUACCUAAUGAGCGAUGGCUUCCACAUGACCUGGAGUGUGAAGUUUGAUGAUAACCCCAUGCCACUGGGCUCCAUGGUGAUUAACGGCAUCUCUAAGCUAAGUCGCCUUGGCGGAUCAUCGACGUACGCCCUACCCAACGCGCCCACCCUCACUGACCUGGAAGAUGAUCUGGAUGAGGAAGGUGAUGAAGACCAGCCAGAAAAGCCUCACUUUGACUCUCGUAGCCUGAUAUUUGAAUUAGACCCAUGCAACGGGAACGGGAAAGUUUGCCUUGUUUAUAAGCACACCAAACCAGUUGUCACCCCAGACACUGAGAUAUGGUUUCUGGACAGAGCUCUGUACUGGCAUUUCCUCACCGAGACCUUCACUGCCUACUACCGACUGCUGAUCACCCACCUGGGUCUCCCGCAAUGGCAGUAUGCCUUUACAAGCUACGGCGUCAGCCCCCAGGCUAAGCAAUGGUUUAACAUGUACAAGCCCAUCACCAUCAACACAGCUCUACUCUCGGAAGAACCUGACUCCUUUGUGAACAAACUGGACCCCAACAAGGUAUUUAAAAGCAAGAACAAAACUCCGGUGAUCAAAAAGAAAUUGCCAGCCCAGCCAGCAGGCUCUCAGAAAAGCCAUGCAAGCACAACCGCCUCCAAGACCCCUUCGCUAUCCGGGAACGCCCUGAGGAAACGAGAACCCCAGACCUGACGCUGGAAAGCAGGUUCAUUCCAGACUGUUAAAAACCCACUGUGGUGUCUCUUAGGUUUGGAUCAAACCAUUUCUCAUGCAUGAAUAGACUUCCCAGUGCAAGCUGUGUUGCAACAUUCGCAUGACCUAUAGCAGCAAUUUAAUUUAUAGGAGAUAUGGCUAGAAAGCCAAAAAGCUGCAGGGCCUGGAGAGAUGGUGGUUAAUUCCUUUCUACUCCAAUGGGCAAAUACUCGUGUGUGGAUAAAAAUGCCACUGAGCUGGGUGGAGUGUGUUACCACUGAUAACUGCAGCAAUGGACUCAAGUAAAAUCAAUCUUAUUAAAUACAACAUACAACACAAAUAUUUC